AAGAUUAUUGCACGUUGCCAGGCUGUGGAAGUAGAGCUGAAGAGAGUUGGAAUCAUUACCCGAAGGUCACGAGUGUGUCUUUGACGAGGGUUAUUGAAUAUUCGACAUCAUUUAUAUCAUCGGUAUCGUUCGUUCGUUAAAAUCGUUUAAAUUUUAUCGAUAAUCAAGCAAAAAUGCUGCCCCGUUUUUUAAAACCAACUCUAAAUAUUGUUCAGCAAGGAGCAAAAAGAUUUUCAACGAGCACUAGGCGCGAUGUCAAGGUCGCCGUUAUGGGAGCAAGUGGUGGAAUUGGGCAACCAUUGGCACUGCUGCUAAAACAAUCUCCUCUCGUCACCGAAUUAUCUUUAUACGAUAUAGUAAACACACCUGGUGUCGCUGCUGAUCUCUCUCAUAUCGAUACACCUUCAAAAGUUACGGGUUAUGUGGGUCCAACCCAAUUAAAAGAUUCGCUAAAAGGUGUAGAGAUCGUAGUAAUUCCUGCUGGUGUACCUCGAAAACCAGGAAUGACAAGGGAUGACUUAUUCAAUACAAAUGCCUCUAUUGUACGUGAUCUUGCCGCAGCGGCUGCAGAAGUAUGCCCAAAAGCAUUAAUUGCCAUCAUUUCUAAUCCAGUUAACAGUACUGUACCUAUUGCUUGCGAAACAUUAGAAAAAGCUGGUGUAUUUGACCCUAAGAGAGUAUUUGGUGUAACUACUCUCGAUAUUGUCAGGUCAAGUGCAUUCGUUGGCGAAGCCAAGGGUUUAAAUUCACAAGAAGUAGUAGUACCAGUAAUUGGAGGACACAGUGGCAUUACCAUUAUUCCUCUGCUUUCGCAAACUAAACCCAGUGUUUCUUUUUCUGAAAGCGAAACAAAGAAACUCUCAGAGAGAAUUCAGGAGGCUGGUACAGAAGUUGUAAAAGCAAAAGCUGGUACUGGCUCGGCUACUUUAUCAAUGGCAUAUGCUGGAGCUCGCUUUACUCUCUCACUACUCAAAGCUUUGAAAGGACAACAGGGAAUAGUUGAAUGCUCUUACGUUAGGUCUGAUAUCUGCAAUACUAAAUAUUUCUCAUCUCCUGUUCUCUUGGGUAAAAGUGGAGUUGAAAAAGUUAUGGGAUAUGGUGACCUUAAUGCUUACGAAAAAAAAUUACUAGAGGCUGCUAUUCCAGAGUUAAAAAAGAAUAUCAAGAAGGGAGAAGAUUUUGUAAAUAAGAAGUGAAAUUAUACAGGUUGUACGUAUCUUUAGAGCUCAACUCUUCAAAUAACAGGAGAAGUAGCCUUCUUGUUGAUAGCUGGUUAUGACAUAUCGAUGAAACAUAAUUUGUUACGAUUUGUGCCAAUAAAACCAGCUUACAUGAA